UUUGUCAACACACGUGGUCUACGCUCACUUUAUGCGAGUUUGUUAUGUCAGUUGUUGUUAGCUUGUUGCAAGAAUUGUGACUCUUGUUGCAAGUUCUUGAACGGUGUAGUCGUGUGCGUCUUUUAUGGGCGCUUACGAAGUACUUCUUGGUUGCGUUGUCGUGCAGAAAUAGGCGCCUAAGAUGGCAAAACUUUCGGGAACCUGGGCCUACACAAGAGGCCAAGAGGAGCUUCAAACCCGCCUGAGAAAGCUGCACGAAGAGAAAGAUCUCAUUGUUAACCUGCUGGAUCAUAUGAUCGAUAGGAUGAAUAUGAUGGUAGACCGAACAGCUGGCAUCACGAACAUCAACCAGUUCAUGCACCAGUUCCAGGACGCCACUAUCACCAUGAAUCAAUUCUUCCUAAAGCUAUUCAAGAUUCACAUACUCCUCACAGAUGAAGAAUAUAUGGAUGCUUCCGUGCACACAUCUCAAAUGUCAAUCGCCUAUCCUGUAUCAAAUGACCGAGCACACAGCGCCACAUCACAAACGUCAGAACGUGUCACCCUCACUGUACAUGGAGACUACAGUCCGGAUACUGGGGUGACACCUGAUCCACAUCAAAGCAUCAGCGUUACUUGCUCAAAUUCAUCGUGCCCCCCAACAAGCAUUGUUGCAAGGUCUGCUGAUUCCCCUGUUACACAGAUUGUUUCACCCGUUACCUCUGCCGACUGUGCACGAACAUCCGAUGCAACCAACGUUCCUACUCCCGUUCCUGUCCUGCAGUCCACUGCCUACCCCGUUACGGUUCCUUUGUUAAGCAGCGCUACAGAAGUUGCAAAAAACCUCAGUCCCUUUACAGUGACUGAAUUGCACCCGUCCCCGCCAAAUGGUGUGAAUGUUUGCAACAAGUCACAGGCCCCUCAUAAUGCUCCAGCCAGAUUGCCUUCUGGGAUGCCACUGAGUGAGCACAAACCAAGGCUCGAAGAGGCUUCUGAUGCAGCACCGAACACGGAGAAAAGUGUUCCUGCUAAAGAUGGUGACACUGCAUUCAUGAGGGAAAAGUGUGGAGCAGGUACCAUCGGAUCAAGCUCGAACACAUCCGUGAACCAGCUGAGCAUUCCUAGGCUGCCUCGUACUCAACCAAAGUGUGCUUCCAAGCUUCCUUCAUUAUCAGUGAACCAAGAUGGGGUCACUGCCACUACUUCCAUGGGAAGCAAGAGUCCAGUGGCUCUCCCUGAAGGAGUGUGUGUGCCAUCCUCCACAAACUCUACGACUUUCUUAGUGGUGCCACCACCUGUCGUUGAGGUCACCGGGUGCCCCGUUGAUGUAGUGCUUUCCCAUUACAAAAGUCCAAAUGAGUUUUUCCUUCAGCUGAAGUCAUCAAAUGAGACCCUCCAGAUGCUUCUGGAGUCUCUGCAUUCACUCUACAGCACAAAGGUACCGGAGCUGAACUUCGAAAUCAAGGUUGGCAUGUAUUGCGUGGCAUACUAUCCUGUGGAUACGUACUGGUACCGGGCUAAGGUACUUCAGGUUCAGCCAGGUCAUGUCAAAGUGUCUUACAUAGACUUUGGUAACUCGGAAAGGGUGGAGCGGCACAAUGUACAUCCGCUGGAUGCAUCUCUUGGAAGCAUUCCAGCUCAGGCCAUUUGCUGUGCAAUCAGAGGGAUUAAGCCCAUGGGGAACCAAGGGAUGUGGGACCAGCAGGCUGUACAGACAUUUAAACACAAGCUUCAAGGAGAGGUGAGCUUGCGAGCAGCCUUCUACGAGCAAGACCUCAUCAAGGGCCGAUACUCUGUGGAAUUGCUGGUGGACUCCAAUGGACCAAAUGACAGGGUGACCCUAAACCUUGCAGAGCACUUUGUCAGUUUAUGUCUCGCAGAAGAGGUUGAGUGCCUUGAUGACAUCUCGUCUGUUCCUGUGUGUAAUUCCUCUUCAAAUAAGAGUCCAGUACCCAAGGCCUACCAACACAGUGCACAGCCCUCCGUACCUCAGCCCCUCGCUGCACACUUCUCGACCAAUGUUCCCCCUCCUGUGCAUCCAGAAGGAAACUUUUUGGUGACAUUGUCAGUUGUGUUCAGCCCAUCAGACUUCUUUGGCCAGUUGAUGGACAGUAACUCGAAAGUGCAGAGUAUUGAAAGGCUGCAGGAACAGCUGAAUGAGUAUGGGCCACAUGCACAGCCCGUGGAUGAGACCCACAUCGUGCCAGGCUCGCACUGGGUUUGCCUGUAUUCUACGGACCAGCAUUGGUACCGCGUGCGAGUUCUGGACGUUGUACAGGAGGCGCAACAGUUGAAGUACAAGGUGUUCUACAUUGACUACGGUAAUCGAGGCACUGUGACCGCGGCAGAGCUGAGACCGCUAACGGCCGACCUAGCCAAGUUGCCCGCUUUCGCACUUCAUAUGGCGCUGGCCAUAGUGUCCCCUGUGGGCGAGCACUGGAGUCAGGCAGCAAACCAGCUGUUUGUUGAGAAGACAGGCUUUGAUGAUUCUCUAUUUGCAGAGCAGAAGAGACAGAAAAAGGAUGUGUUGGGAACAGUUACUGAAGUUGUUUUGUGGAACCGAAGGAAUCCACGAGCUGGUGUCAACGUGAAUAUAUUUCUGGUUGAAAACAACCUUGCAGUCAUCAAGCCAUAAGCAACAAGCAUGUAGUUCAACAGACCAGUGCCUGGUAUUCUAAAAGUUCUGUGAUGCAGAGAGUAUCUGCUCGAUUCCUUCGUUUGCAAUUAUACCUGUUACAGUGUUUA